GCUAGAACUUCGAUUUUUAUUUCUCGUUCUAGCCCCAAUGGCUUUGGGCUUACUUAUAGCCUACGGUAGAGAAGAGGAGUUAUUGGAGGAGAAUAAGGAUUAUUUGGAUGGAAGAAAAACCCGAGGAGAUGAACCUGCUUUGGAUUUAGAUAAUUAUCAAAGAGUUAGAGGAGCCAUUGCCCGUAUCUCUUUCUCGGAAAUAGUUUUUGAAGAAGCCAUUCCUAUCGACCAAGAAUUCUUACCAAGAGAACAACAUGACUUCCGAGAUUUAGUUAAGAGUUUAAAGGGAAGAAAGGAUGCUGAAGAAAAGAAAGAAAAAGGAGAUAAUGAAGGAGUAUUAGAAAUAGUAAAAGAUAAAAAAGAGGGAGAAGAUGACCCCCAUUAUUCAGCCUUAGAGGAAAAAAUUAAUCCUAGUCAAAGAAACUGGGAUGAUUUUAUGAUUGAUGAACCAGGCAUUCAUCCAGCCGUUAUUAUUUCUAAUAAUCAACAAAAUCUUUAUAGUCCCUUAAUAACUAUUAUCCCUUUAACUUCUCAAUUAGAUAAAGUUUAUCCGUUUGAAGUGCUAACGGAAAUAAAUAGACAAAAGGGCAAAACUCUCACCGACCAAAUUACCACGAUUGAUAAAAAAAGAUUAGGUAAAUACUUAGGACAAUUAGAUAAAUCAGUUAUGAAAGAAAUUCAAGAGGCUUUACAUUUGACUUUGGCUUUUGAUGAAUAA